AAUAGUGUAGGGGAAAAUUUCAUAGGAAGUCUUACUUUAUUCCGCAUAAAACUCGGUCUCAUUUGGCACCAAGUGGAGUUAAUUCGCCCCUAACUGUCCCUCUUGGAAAAUGGUGGAUAAAAUAGAUGUGGACGCGGAGGAACACGCGGCCGAAUACGGUGUGCUCAAGGGAGAUCUUGUGUUCAUACGCAACAAUGAAAACCUCAUGCAAACCAUCGAUGAGAUCCAGCAAACGCUAGCGAACGUAAAUCGUGAGUACGAUAAUUAUGCCAACUUUACACUAGAGCAAAAGGUUCGGUUCGAUUCGCUAUGUGCGUUCUGCGUGAACUCACUGUUUUGGAUGCACGAGAAGCUGCUUGGUCGUCCGAAUACGGUCAUGGAUGACAUCAAAUCGGAUCUCGACCGGGUGCGGGAAGCAAUGAAACGGUUACAAAUGGUGCACGAUAACCUAACCAAACGUCCCCAGCUAGAUAAGCCGGCUGCUAAACGGUUCAUUCGGGCCGGACUGUACGACAAAUCGGACAGUGCGCCACCGAACAAGAAGAAGCGGGAAAAGAAUGCAGAAUGACCAGUGCAAUCUGGUUAAAAAAAAGCAUAACCAUCAAGUAAAUGUGUGUAUAAAAUGUUAGGAAAAAAGCUGAUGAAUGAUUGUAAAAAUUUACGCACUAUCAAACAAAAAUCGAUACUAAUA